CCCUAAGGAGGAGGAGGAAGAGGAGGAGGAGGAGGACCAAGCGGGUAUAAAAGAUGCGGUGGUCGCCUUAUUCCUUACACAACACGAUCAAUUCCCGUCAUCGUCAUACCUCCAGAAUUUCGAGACGGACAGACGAACAAUCAUGCAUACUGCGACACAGUUCACCUCGGCUUUAAUAGUCUUCCUCGCCAUGGUUUUCAUACAUUCUAAUUGCGAGGCUCAUCUUCGGAAGUUACCACUUUGCAGAAAUCGUAAAAGUUGCGAGGAAAAUUGCGACGAUUGUGAUUGGGGCAGUAGCUACGCGGUUGAAUGCGGAUUCCAGGAGUGUCUGAAGGGCCCGGGAGAUCGGUGUGGCGGUCGCAAUCACAUGUGGGGUAAAUGCGGUGAUGGCCUAUCUUGCCAAUGUAACAAAUGCAACGGGUGCAGUACGACCAAAGUCGAGACAAGUUGUUACAACAUCACUUGCGCACCGAUCACGGAAUUCCUACCGUUUGAUAUAGACCGUCCCUACCGCCCCACGUACGUUUUAAGGGUUUAAAACAUCAUUAUAUAUUCUAUCGAACGCUAUACGUCCAUAGACCGAUAAUAUCGUUUAAAUAGAAGAUAUCCCUUACACGUCUAUUAUAUUGCCUCGCUAUUACACAUCAAUGAUCUCAUUUGACGAAUACAUAUUUUAAUAUCCUUUGCCUGAUGUAUUCGCGAUUAUAUUUUUAUACCUAGCGUUUUUUUUCGUUUCAAUUUUUGUUUUCUAAUUCUAUUUAAUGAAUGCAAGCAUAGUGAAAGAGAGCUUAGUUUCUACCAUGCAGCGGUUGUGAUAUAUACUAUAAUAAUUCCCAAUACAAAUAGUUGUGUCCAUUCCAUUAUACCCAUACAUUCAGAAAGACGAUAUUGAUGUAAUACCAUAGUAUAUUUAUUAUUUAUUUAUAUCUCUAAUACUCCUUAUCUAUCCAUCUAUCUAUCUAUCCAUCUUUAUCUCAUUGAUAUUUAUGUGUAUGAGAAAAAGAGAAAUUCUUCAGUAUUACUGAGGUAAUUCAUAUAUAAUACAUCAGCUAUAGCUUCUCUUACUUUUUAUCUUCAACAUCAACUAUUCCUAGUCAGUCAUUCGAAAAGCAUUCCGCACAAUCUUGGCACUUGCAUACAAAUUGUACUGUAUGUAAAUUUGGGGUGUUUAGGUUAGAAAAAAUAAAUUUACAUUUAUGUUAUUCAAUAUACUAUAAAACGACUAUGCAAACUUUCCCUGAUAUUUCCAUAGUUGUAAUUAAGUUGUAAUAGUAUAUUUUACGAUCAUUAAUUAUUGUCAUAAUGAAUAAUGUUAUUAUCACUAUUAUAGUGAUUAUUCUUGGUCCUUUCCUAUGUAUUUAAGCUGCCAUACGAUUAUUGUAUCCUGAAGUCGUCAUGUGUGUGUGCUUAUUAAAGAAUA